CGAUGGUGGCGGGGGGAUCUUUAUGUUCACGUUUCGAGUUGAGAGAGAGAGAGAGAGAGAGAGACUCAAGUGAUACAGCCGAGCACCACGCGCUACAGAAGACGGACGAAGGCACGCGACGUGUCUCAAGGAUUCAGGUGUGCGCGGAUAUUCCCCGGGUCUCGUGCUCACAGAUCAUGGUCGCUGGGAUAAACGUGGAUGUACUGACAGACAGCAGAUAGUAUGCCUGCGCAGUUGGCACGGCUCACGCGAUGUGGCACAAUAUGGCACGCGUAAAGAUGAGUCUCUUCGCUCUCCUGUGUCUCCCCACGUUUUUCUUCCGCGUCCUCGUGCUCUCGCACAGCAGCAGUAUCUACGAGCGGUCGGUGGUCCCUCGCGCCGUGUCCCGCUCCGUGGCUCGCAUGGACGGAGACGUGAUCAUCGGCGCGCUCUUCUCCGUUCACCACCAGCCGUCUGCGGAGAAGGUAGCAGAGCGGAAGUGCGGAGACGUCCGCGAGCAGUAUGGCAUCCAAAGGGUGGAGGCCAUGUUCCACACGUUGGACCGGAUCAACGCCGACCCGAACCUGCUCCCCAACAUCAGCCUGGGCUGUGAGAUCCGGGACUCCUGCUGGCACUCCUCUGUGGCCCUGGAGCAGAGCAUCGAAUUUAUCCGGGACUCCCUUAUCUCCAUCCGGGAUGAUAAGGACGGGUCCAAAUGGUGCAUUGACGGCACCCCGUCCCAUCAGCCUCCACCCUCCAAGAAGCCCAUCGCCGGAGUGAUCGGACCGGGAUCCAGCUCUGUGGCCAUUCAGGUGCAGAACCUUUUGCAGCUCUUCAACAUCCCGCAGAUCGCCUACUCUGCCACUAGCAUCGACCUGAGUGACAAGACUCUGUUCAAGUACUUCCUGAGGGUCGUGCCCUCAGACACUCUCCAGGCCCGGGCCAUACUGGACAUUGUCAAGCGGUACAACUGGACCUAUGUGUCUGCAGUGCACACUGAGGGAAACUAUGGGGAGAGUGGCAUGGAGGCUUUCAAGGAGCUGGCUUCUCUGGAAGGCUUAUGCAUUGCCCACUCAGACAAGAUCUACAGUAACGCAGGGGAGAAGCACUACGAUCGCCUUUUGAGGAAACUACGGGAACGUCUUCCCAAAGCUCGUGUAGUGGUGUGUUUCUGUGAGGGCAUGACUGUCCGAGGUCUGCUGAUGGCCAUGAGGAGACUGGGGGUGUUCGGGGAGUUCCUCCUCAUUGGCAGUGAUGGAUGGGCAGACCGUUACGAGGUUGUGGAGGGUUAUGAGCAGGAAGCAGAGGGAGGAAUCACCAUGAAGCUGCAAUCAGAAAUGGUCAAGACCUUUGAUGACUACUACCUGAAGCUGCGUCUGGACACCAACACCAGGAACCCCUGGUUCUCUGAGUUCUGGCAGUACCGUUUCCAGUGCCGCCUGCCGGGCCACCCACAAGAGAACAAGAACUACAAGAAAGUGUGCGCCGGUGAUCAUGGAAAUGAGAGUCUGCAUGAAAACUAUGUUCAGGAUAGUAAAAUGGGCUUUGUCAUCAAUGCCAUCUAUGCCAUGGCUCAUGGCCUCCAUGAUAUGCACAAAGAGUUGUGCCCAGAGCAGACGGGGCUCUGUGAGGCCAUGGACCCUAUCGAUGGCAGCAAGCUGCUGGACUACCUGCUAAAGACGUCCUUCAGAGGAGUCUCAGGAGAGGAGAUUUAUUUCGAUGAAAAUGGAGACACCCCAGGAAGGUAUGACAUCAUGAACCUACAGAGUGUUGGUGAUGUGGUUGAUGGUCGCUAUGACUACAUAAACGUGGGCUCCUGGCAUGAGGGCAUCUUAAGCAUUGAUGACAACAAGCUGUGGUUGAACAGCAGCGACAUGGUCCGCUCAGUCUGCAGUGAGCCCUGCUCCAAAGGACAGAUAAAGGUGAUUAGGAAGGGCGAGGUGAGUUGCUGUUGGAUCUGCACCACAUGCAAGGACAAUGAGUACGUCCAGGAUGAGUUUACCUGCAAGGCAUGUGAGCUGGGAUGGUGGCCCGAUGAUGACCUGGAAGGCUGCCAGCCCCUACCUCUGAAGUAUCUUGACUGGGCAGAUGUGGAAUCCAUAGUGGCAGUGGUUUUCAGCUGCGUGGGCAUCCUGAUCACCUCCUUUGUCACCUUUGUGUUCAUCCAGUAUCGUGAUACGCCUGUGGUUAAGUCCUCCAGCAGAGAACUCUGUUAUAUCAUCUUGGCAGGCAUCUUCCUGGGCUACAUCUGUCCAUUCACCUUAAUCGCCCGUCCUACAGUGGCCUCCUGCUACUUGCAGCGGCUCCUGGUGGGCCUCUCAGCUGCCAUGUGCUACUCUGCUCUGGUGACCAAAACUAACCGCAUUGCCCGCAUUCUGGCAGGCAGCAAAAAGAAGAUCUGCACCAGGAAGCCCCGUUUCAUGAGCGCCUGGGCCCAGGUGAUCAUCGCCUUUAUGCUGAUCAGUGUGCAGCUAACUCUGGAGAUCACACUCAUCAUUCUGGAGCCUCCUGAGCCCAUCAAGUCCUACCCGAGCAUACGUGAGGUCUACCUCAUUUGUAAUACCAGCAACGUAGGCAUGGUGGCACCGCUGGGCUACAACGGCCUCCUAAUCAUGAGCUGCACCUACUAUGCCUUCAAGACGCGGAACGUCCCAGCCAAUUUUAACGAGGCUAAAUAUAUUGCCUUUACAAUGUACACUACCUGCAUCAUCUGGCUGGCCUUUGUGCCAAUCUAUUUCGGCUCAAACUACAAGAUCAUAACCACAUCCUUCUCUGUCAGCCUGAGUGUAACAGUGGCACUGGGGUGCAUGUUCACACCUAAGAUGUACAUUAUUAUUGCCAAACCAGAGAGGAACGUCCGAAGCGCCUUCACCACAUCUGAUGUGGUGCGAAUGCACGUUGGAGAUGGGAAGUCGGCUCAAUGUGGGAGCAACAGCCUCUUCAAUAUGUUCCGCCGGAAGAAGCCUGGUUCUGGCAAUGCCAAUUCUAAUGGCAAGUCUGUGUCAUGGUCUGAAUCAGGUGCAAGACACCCUCCGAGGGGGGUGAAUGUGUGGCACAGACUGUCUGUGCAUGUGAGGAAACAGGAAGCCGGCUUGAAUCAGACGGCGGUCAUCAGGCCCCUAACUAACACCCCCGACCCCCACAGUUGUGAGCCCUCUACCUGCGACCUUGGCACAGACCCCCAUCUCCCCCAAGAACCGCGUGGCGCUAAGCCUCUGUACAACCUGGUGGAGGAGGACGACGAGGGUGAUGCGCAGCACCCCCUCUGGACUCCGGCUUGCUCUGGACAGAUGCAAGGGCUGGAGUCUGAGUUAGAUAAGCCGGCUUCUUAUUUGCCCUCUCACUUAAAGGGCUGCACCGCAGAGCGCUUGCAGGGAGCUGUGGUGGACACACACAGCUCCCAUGUCCCUGCACUGAGUGACUAUCUGGCCAACGAGCCUUUGAGCUUGACCCCCUCUCAGCUUCCUUUGGCCCCACAAGUGGGGGCGUUUGAAGAGGAGGGGCCUGAGGACGAGGAACUGGACCUCUUACACAGCUACAUUUAUGAUGCCAAGGAGGAGGGGGGGGGGGAGGACGGGGAAGGCGAGGAUUUAACUCAGAACAAGCCAACUCUGGAGGAAUCCCUAGCUCUGUCGCCCCCCUCCCCCUUCAGAGACUCUGUGUGUUCGGGGGAGUCUGUCAGCGGCUCCCCCGUCAUGGAGUUGAUGCUCGGUAGCCAUCCGAGCUCAGUCUACGCCUCAAAUAUCCUCCAAGACUUCGCACACAGCUCCUCAACACUGUGAGAGCAAAACAGGCGCUAACACAGUUGCUGUCAGCACACUUGUGCAUCACACAGACAUGCAUUUCCACAUACAGGUACAUACACACGCGCGCGCACACACACAAACACACACAAAGGUUUACAGAUACAUACUGUACAACAACAUUAUUUCAUUAUCAUUUCAAGUUUUUAACAUUUCUUUUUUGCUCUGUCAUUUGCUUGCCUGUAUUUAUUAUUACUAUGCUUUUAUCAGUGAAGGGUUAAUCAAAACUAUAAGUAGAAAAACAGCAGGAAUCAUCCAUGAGUGCUUACAUUUCUGAAGGGCUGUCAGUGCACAAAGCCUUUCUGUAAAACGUAAAACUGGGAACAGUGCCAAAACUAGUCAGCUCACAUGACAACACUGAGAAUCACAAAAAAGGAUGUAGCUGUGGUUCUCAUAGUGGCAGUGCAAUUAAAUGGUUUACGAGAAAAACAAAUGGAAAAAGAAACACAAUUCUAUGUGUAUAUGUGUAGACUGUAAGAUACAACCAGAGACCAAACUGGCUCUAGGGACUGCAAUAGCUCAAGUGCAUUUCAUGCCAGAUUUGAUUAGCUCGGCUCCUCUCUGCUGCCCAUGUACUGGUCUGUUCAUGUGUGCAGCAGUCGCAACUGCAUCGAAAAACUAUCUGCUUUUCGCCUUUUUUCAUUUCAUUAAUUUCACCUCAGCUUUCUCUCAUCCAACCUCAUUGCAAUUUAAAUAUUACAAAGAGAUAAUUUAGAAAGAAAAGUGCAGUAAGUUGGUUGAAUAUUACUUUUAUGUGUUGCGAGGUGUGCUCAACGUCACAAAAAUAUUAUCACGAAACUGAGAUUCUGCUGAAGACUUGCACUGUAUGAUAUAUGAUAUGGAUAUAAUGUGCCAAUCAAAGUUAUCAACCUACAUCCCUGCUUUCGAUUUUUACGAUGUAGCUGAUACAGGUUAGCGUGAUUGUAGAUGAUGGCAAUGUUGUUUAUUCAGUUUACACUCAAUCAUAACCCUGCAAACAAGUUUUAUGAGCAUGGGGGCGUCAUAAAAGAACUACUUUUGCUUUCCAUGCCGUGUUGAUAUUUCUCAUGUUUUCUGAGUUUGCUGUGUCAUUGUAAUGGAAAACACAGUACUUGUACAAGUUCUCAAAGUUUGUAAUACUGUUAAGCCAUCUCUUGUUUUUCACACAGGUGGUAUGUUUGUAAUACUGAUAAAUGUUUCUAUAUUUAGAAUGUCAACAGAAAAAAAGAGUUUCUACAUUUUGAAGCUGUCCUCAGAUACUUGUCAAGGAGCAGUGUGUUUGGUUUUUGGGUAACUUUUAAGCUAACUUGAGUCGACUGUAUCCUCUUGAAAAUAUUCACUUGUAAAAGUAACCAAUUAGUUGCUUCUUGUAAUGAGAUUAUACAUGUUUCAAUUUUGCUUAAAUCUUGCAUUAUAAACUUAAGUAGUUUACUUGAGGUUAAGUUUCUUAGUUCUUUAUCUAUAAGAAUGCAAAUUAUUUCAAAGUACAAGCCUAUACAGUACAUAGUGCAAUUGUAUUGUAUUUCCAAAUGUUUUUAGUCUAUUAUAGUGUAAGUUGUUAAAUGAUUUUAACCAGUGUAAAAUAUACGAGGGUGCCACCUGUUUAACACUGUCAAAGCUAGAAAGAAAUAGGCCUUUAUGUUUUGGGCAAGCUGAAAAAUGCUGUAAAAUAAAAACUAUUUAUAUUAA